AUGAUAGAUAAGAGAGAGAAAGAGAGAAGAAGGAUGCUUGCUUCCCCUUCUAUGCUCAUCUCACGGAUCUUGCCUCUCCACUCCUCUCCUCUCCUCUGAUCCUCCCCCUCUUAUUUUAUCCUUUAGUACUUGCUCUAUAUAUACACACACACACAGACAAGGACGCCUAUAGAAUAAACAAGAGAAGAGAGUACUGGUUCCUCCGUUGACGCAUCAAAACAAAGAGACCUCCACCACCUCCUCCGACGACACACACCUCUACGCACGCAAGGACCAGGUAUCAGUUAAUGGCUUCUUGGAAAAAAACCAUUACAUCCCCUUUCAGGAAAGCUUGUACUUUCUUCAACCAGCAGCAAGCCGUCAGCAGGGACAAGAAGUCCCAGCCAGGGGAGGAGAAAAGGGUGCUGGACCUUCAUGGUGAAGUCAUGGCAUGUGGUUAUGAAGAUGUUCAAGUGAUGUGGUCGAUUCUUGACAAGUCCAAAUCCGCCACCUGCGACAUGACCACUUCUUGAUCCCCUAGCUAUACAUCGUAGUACAUGUUCAUGCAUGUACGAGCCCAGGAUCAUGUCAUGGUGUGUGCAUAUGCAUGGAUCUGGUAUACAUGCAUGCAUACAUGUCUGUAGAUAUCGUCACAUCAUGACAGGGAAUUGGGAGUAGGCAGAUUUUUAGAAUGCCCAUUGUUGGAUUAGGAAUCGGUGAUGCUGGAGGUGGUGGGAGAUCUCAGUAUGUAAUAGGGAAUCCCUGUGAUCAUUGGAAAUCACGGUGAGAUUUAAUGGAAAUCAAUUUAGAUCGCUUUAUUUUUAUUUUA